AUGCCUGGUAUCUGCAUCCUCCAAGACCCGUCACGACAAGCCGAACUCGAGCAAACUGUCACACUCUCAGAUGGCCGUAGUCUCGGCUACGCAGAGUUUGGCUCCUUCGAUGAAGACGCAAUCCCCCUUUUCUUUCUUCAUGGACGUCCUGGCUCCAGGCUCCAUGCCGCGUGGUUCGACGAAGCCGCAUACGACAUGAACGUACGCAUCAUCGCAGUCGACCGUCCAGGUUUCGGCGUUUCCACACAAAAAUACAAUCGCAAGGUCCUUGACUGGCCUGCCGACUUAAGUGAAAUGGCGAAACUACUCGGCAUAAGUCAAUACUACAUUAUUGGAUAUUCUGCUGGAGGUCCCUAUGCUCUUGCAUGUGCUCACGCUUUGCCAAAAUCAGAGCUACUCGGCGUUGGGAUUCUGGCAGGCAUGGGGCCUUAUGAAUCUGCCAUUGCUGGAAAGACAUGGUCUCAGCGUAUGAUCUACAACUUCUCAUACUACAUGCCCCGGUUGGCUCAACGCUUUGUGCACCAGGGAUUCAUCGACUUCGAAGAGGGUAAAGACCAAGACAAGAUGAUAGACACGUUCAUGAAGAACAUACCACUUGCUGAUCAGGAAUUUCUCUGUGGGAGCCCCGAAAUUGCUCCUAUUUUUCCUAUAUCUGUCCAGCAGACCUUCUCACAAGGUUUCGAGACUUACAUUAUCGAGAAAGCCAUGUUAUCGUCAGACUGGGGAUUCGAGCUAGAGGAUAUCCAAGACCAGAACAUUGUCCUAUGGAAUGGUACAGAGGAUAAGAAUGUACCUUUGUUCAUGGGGCACUAUCUUAAUGAACAUCUCCCAAGUUCAGAAUUGAAGAUAUAUGAAGGAGAUACGCACUAUACGAUCAAUAUGCAUGCUGAAGAAAUUUUGUGUGAUUUGUUGUCAAUUGCUUGA